AUUUGCCUUGGCACGACACACAGCUUGAGUCCAAGAGUUUCUAUAAUAUAUGAGCCCUUCGGCCCUCAAUCAUGUAGGGUAUCGAUAAACUGGGAAGCAAAAGCCGCACUGGAAACGAUGCAUCUUCAACUUUCCCUCACAUUCGCUCUAGCAUGUGUAACGGGUGUUUUGGGCGUUCCGUCACAACACCUGGAGACUCGGCAGCAGCCAUUCAAGUCUACAGCCAUCACUAGCCAUGCCGAGCCAUGGGCUAUUGCUUUCCUGCCUGACAGCCGCGUCUUGGUCACCGAACGCCGAGGAAACCUGCGUCUCGUCGACCCUACCAAAAAGACUCAGGGCACUAUCACCGGUGUCCCAACUGUUGCCUAUGGCGGCCAGGGAGGCCUCCACGACGUCGCCUUGCAUCCCAAGUACGCCGAGAACAGCAUCGUGUAUCUCAGCUACGCCGAGAGCGGGUCAGGCGGAGCCGGGGGCGCAGUGGCGCGGGCCAAAUUGACGCUGGAUGCCAACGGCGGCGGCGCACUGUCCGGCCUCGAAGUCAUCUGGCGACACACGCAGAAGGCGUCUGGCGGACUUCAAUUCGCCUGCCGCCUCCUCUUUGGCUCCGAUGGCGCGCUAUGGAUCUCGUCGGGAGAAAUCAACCAGAUGACGCCCGCGCAAUCCAUGACCGGGAACCUCGGAAAGGUGAUCAAGCUCUACGACAACGGCACUGCUUUCGCGGGGAACCCCUUCGCCGACCAGGGCACCGUCCAGGCGCAGAUCUACUCGCUGGGUCACCGCAACCCACUGGGCAUCGACUUCGAUGCCGAGGGCCGUCUCUGGGAAGUCGAGAUGGGCCCCAUGGGAGGCGACGAGCUCAACCUGAUCAAGGCCGGCGCGAAUUACGGGUGGCCGCUCGUGAGCGAGGGUCGUCACUACGAUGGUCGUACGAUCCCCUCGCACAGUACGCGUCCCGAUUUCGCGGCUCCAAAGGCGUUUUGGGUCCCUGUUAUUUCUCCUGCUGGAUUGAUCAUUUACAAGGGUGACUUGUUUCCUAAUUGGAAGGGGAAUGCUAUUAUUUCUAGUCUUAGUGCGACGGGGCUUGUUCGUGCGACUAUUACUGGGGAUACUGCGAAGGAAGCUCAACGUAUCUCGAUGGGCAAGCGGAUGCGGGGGAUUCGUGAGGAUAAGGACGGUGCCAUCUGGGUUAUUGAGGAUGGGGCUAACGGUCGGCUCAUGAAGCUUACGCCAAACUAA